AUGAUACACGAUAAGAGGGAGAAGUUCAUUUGUUUAAGUUGCAAUACAAUGGUGUGCUCAUUCUGCUUGGCGAUGAGUCAUAGUGGACAUCAGUUUGACUCGAUCGACAAUAUCAAACAGUGUAUUGAAACAAAAGAUAAUGAUGCAUUAUGGUGCAAGGCAAGGUUGGAUCAUCUCUGGGAUACACUCAACGAUUGUGCCACUACCUAUCAAUGGCUGGAGAAGAAGAGUGGCAAGAUCAGCAAACAAUUUGAACAACUAUUCAAAAUGUUGAUGGCACAAGAGCAUAAGAUCAAAGGACCGAUCACUCUACAGAUGGAACAAACAAGAUCAAAGAUCAACGACAUCAUCAAUGAGAUGAGUGACAUCAACUCACUCAUCAACAGGUCACCACCAAAACAGAAGGACAAGAUUGACGAUGUUGUGGAUAUUUCCAUAGUGAUUGAAUCAAUCUUGGAGCGCCCAUCUGUUGAAGAUUUUAUCGACAAAUCACUGGCACCUGCUUUGAACGAAGAAGAAGAAGAUGAAGAAGAUGAUAAUCACAAACUCACUGAUAAUGAGUUGUUGUUGAUGAUCAAGAAUCACGCUCAACAUAUGCAACUCACCAAUGGGCGAUGUGAUGUCAUUGUACUCGUUGGAAACAGGCGAACGGACAGAGUUCAAUCAUAA